AUGACUCCCUGCUUAGAUAUACAUAGUACGGCUAACAGCGCAUGUCCUUGUGUAUCUAUCGCAGUUGUUCAUAUCUAUCUAUCUAUCUAUCUAUCUAUCUAUCUAUCUAUCUAUCUAUCUAUCUGUCUGAGUUGUUCAUAUCUAUCUAUCUGUCUGUCUGUCUGUCUGUCUGUCUAUCUAUCUAUCUAUCUCAGUUCUUUUUUUAUAUAUCUAUCUAUCUCAUCUGUUUAUUUUCUAUCUAUCACAGUUGUUCAUAUCUAUCUAUCUAUCUAUCUAUCUACCGCAGUUGCCCAUAUAGAUCUAUCUGUUCAUUUUCUUUCUAUCUAUCUAUCUAUCUAUCUAUCUAUCUAUCUAUCUAUCUAUCUAUCUCAGUCUUUUCAUUUUCUAUCUAUCUCAGUUGUUCAUAUCUAUCUAUCUAUCUCAGUCUGUUCCUUUUCUAUAUAUAUCUAUCUAUCGAUCUAUCUAUCUAUCACAAUUGUUCGUAUGUAUCUAUCUCAGUCUGUAUUUUCUAUCAUUGUUGUUCAUAUCUAUCUAUCUAUCUAUCUAUCUGUCUCUCUGUCUGUCUGUAUGUCUGUCGAUCUAUCUCAGUUGUUCAUAUCUAUCUAUCUAUUUCGGUCCGUUCAUUUUCUAUCUCUCUCUCUCUCUCUCUCUAUCUAUCUAUCUAUCUAUCUAUCUAUCUAUCUAUCUACCAGGCGCUCAAACCAGCUUCAUCAUUUUCUCAAUACUUAA